UGUUCCCGCCCCUCCCGCCUCUUCAGACUCCCAAACUCUGACCCUCUGAUCGCCACUGUCCCUCUUCUCCUUUCUGAUUGUAUUUCACCCGGAGCCGUCUCCUCUCGGCACCCCCUCCUCGCCCUGACCGUUCCUUGCUUGGUCCCAACCUCUCUCCCGUUACCCCUCCCUUUCACCUGCGUCCCACCUUCCCAGCCCCCCUUCCCCGUUCGUGGCCUCCCUUCCUCAGCUGUGCUGGGCAACUUGGACGGUUCUCCUUAUCAGCUAGACUUUCGGGGAGGGAUGGUGGAAUUUUAAGGUGGCCAGGAGUGCCGGCUACUACUCUCAUAGUACGAUAAAGUUCAUUUUAAAGUCUCAAAAGUAAAAUGAGCAGAAACCAAACUGUUCUGCCAUAUCGCUAGUUAAACUGAGGUGCGUCCAGUAAUGGAGGAAGGGAGCGAAAAAGAAGUGUGUAUAUGAGAGAGAGUGAUAGAGAGAUUGAUUCUAUGGUAGGCUUAUGAACUUUGGAAAAAAGAAAAGUUGCCAUGAGCCGAUGGAAACUUUAGAAGCUGAUGAUGAGUAAGCCGGGGGCUGCGUGAUCUCACUCCUCUUCUCAUAAUUACUAGGUUAACGGUGUGGCUCCGGUCUGGAUGGAAUGGGAUUUGUUUACUGGGCCGGCGUAUUUUUAGCUUGUCGGCUCACAAGGAGCAGCGCUCUGAGCCUCUCUCUCCCCCUCUCUGUCCCUCUUCCUCUCUCUUUUUCUCACCCUUCUCUCCCUCUGUGUAUAGGUAGUCUGUCUCUGGAACCUAGGUGGCCUCUCUGGGCACAAUAAAUAUAAAAAUUAAACUAAAAUAGAUUUUAUAUAAGAGAUUCUCCCCAGCUCUUGAGGGAGUUUUCAUGAAUGCAAAGGCAAAAAUUAGUUGACUUGUAGUUCAUAUAUGUAUAAAAUACUUUCUAUAAAAUCAGAAACGGCUAAUUGUUUAGUGUUUGACUUAUCAUCCUGUAUAUUUAGAUGUUAGAGGACGCUGGAACCCUUUGUCUUUCAACCUAUUUCUGAAGUGAGAAAAGACAGAGGGAAGAAGUAGUAGGAAGGUGGGUCCAUAAGGGUAGCUAGUCUUAAAUCUUUUAAAAACGUUUUCUAUACUAUGUAACUUUAAAAGAGAGAAAAUUUCCUUCCUAAUAAAUGAGGUCGCAUUCUUGAUGGAGAAGACGGUAGGGACUUAGGCUGGGUGGCUAGGGAGAAUCAGGCUUGUAAUUAAACAUUUGCUGUGCAUAAUUUACAAAUGAAUACAUUAUGGGCAAACAAUUAUACUCUUUGUCCUCAUUGUUUUUCCCAGCCUUUCUUUUAAAGGUUAAUAACCAACCUGCUGUGCUAGUCUAUUGAUAUUUUGAAGGCUGGACAGAACUGUAAAAUAAAUGAAAUUGAUGUUGUUCACGGGGAAGCCGAAUACCAGUCUGUUCUAAUUUCCACUGGCUACUCGGCAUGCCUCGGAGCGCUUCCUAAGUUGGUGGCCAGUUACUAUGUACUUAGAGAUUAGAAAUGAAUACACAUAUUAGGUCAUGCUAAGAGUAAUUGAAAGUUAAACGUACUGAAAAGAUUUUCCAAAACUGAAAUAGAUUAUUUUUUGAUUUUUUCCAUUUUGGAUUAUCAGCACCUUUCUACUGAUAAUCAUCCAUUAACAUGAAUGAAUAAUUUAGAAUUGAACCGAUACCCACUUUGGACAGUAUGCGUUGAAGCAGGAAAGAAAGAAGGAAAAUAGUUUCCAAACUAUCAUUUUUGUUGUUGAUGCCUACUUUGACUUAUCCCUUUCAUUUAAUGCCAAAGACUUCCUUGUAAAAAAAAAAAAGUGAACCUUUGUUAAAGGAAGGUCUGUAUACUGACUUGUAUAAGGCAGGCUGACCAGUAAUGGAUUUUAAUUAUUAGUUGGACUUUGAUGCAGUUAUGUUGCCAGUAACUUGGAAAUUUUCCUGACGCUUUUUUCCCUUAAUCUCUUUCUUUGGGGCUCCUAUUGAAAAUGAUUUAAUUUGUAUGGUAAUAUCUAAUUUUUCAAAAUUACACACACAGUCCCGGAAUCUGUUGACUAUCAAUAAUUGUUUUAAUUUGUGUUAGUUGGUGCCAUUAUUAGUGAUGAUAUGUGGCAAAUUCAGCUUAUAUCUGUAUUUAGCAACUUCCCCUAGUUGAACUGCCUGUGUUAUUCCCAGGGUUGGGGUUAGGGGUGAGGAUUGAAGGGGUGAAUAAAAUCUAAGAAUAAGUGUAGGGCAACCCAAUAGCCCAUCACUAUUUUCAGUUCUCAGCAGGCUUUGUUGGUAAUUUGGAGUGUCAAUAUACGUUAUCAAAUGAAUUAUGAUGGACUAACUCAGUAUUAAAUUGAAGUUUUCAGAUUGUUAUGGGGCCACUUGUUAAAGUUUUAGAGCUCCUGAAUGUCUUAAGCAUGCUAAGUAUGCUGGAAGAGGGCAUUGUAAGGGAGCACUCUUUCUCCUUACUCCAGACACUCAUCCCAUCAGGGAAAAGAUCCUGAAACAAUGCUUUGAAGUAUGACUUCAGCAGUAUCUUUCCUAUGCAAGCUUAGGAGCUGUGGAGUGGCAGCCUGGAAUCCACUCAGCAGCGCCUGAUAAGUGAGAUAAUUAAAAUCUGUGUAACUAGAAUAUAGAUGGUGUAACUAGAAUAUAGAUGCAGAAAAGCUUUUUCAUGAAUGCCUGAAAUUAGUUGAUUUUUCAGUAUGAUAGAAGAAGGAAGUUGAUUUUUUUAAAGUAAUAAAUCCUUACUGAAUAAUGAUUGAACACUCCUAUGGAUAAGACAGUCUCCAAGCUCCAGUGACAGGCUUUGGGAGAUACAAAAGAUGUAAAAAACAGGUGUUCUUGCCCUUGGGAGAAGGGUGAUGUUGGGGAAGACAGUAUAUAAGUGAGAAGGCAGACUGUUUAAGCUUUAACAUUUAGGAAAAGCGUGUAAACAAAACCAUGUUUAAUGUGCUACAAAUGGGAUACGUGAAGACUAGAAAAUUUUAAGUAAAGUAUGAACGAGGUAAAUUAGAGAAGAUUUGAAUCAGGAAAAUUUGAAAUGGACUUGGGAAGUUAUGGAUUAGAGUCAUAAUGAUGCGUGGGAUAUGAAAUUAGGUGGAUCUUGGUUCAAAUUGUGGUUCUUCUGUGACCUUGGACAAUUUACUUCUUCAUCUUUAUAUGAUAUAUGUGAGCAAGUAAGUGAAAUAGUUAUUUUGUGUUGGGAGUAAAAGGAAAUAGAUCUGGGCAGAAAGUAUAAAAUGUACAGUGUGCAGUAUGGUAUGAAUGACUAAGUUGUGUUUGUGGGGAGAAUAAAUAAGAAUGACUAGAGAAAAUGUGGGUUGCUCAAGUCAUGGGUAGAGCAGGCGAGAGGGUGGGGGGGACUCAGAGGCCAGACUCUGUUGGGUGUUGAUGAAAGGGUCAAUAGAGUCAUUGUAGGUCCUUGAACAAAGGAUGGAUUUAGUGGGAAGUGAGCCCUCUGGUCCAGGAACUCAGGGGCAAGGAGUGAAGCACCAGUACAUUGUGCCUCUCCUUCUUUUCUGGACUGUCCAGGCCUAAAGAGAUCAGCCAGGAGACCUGAGAUUCCUUGUAGAAGUCUUUGUAUUCACACACCUUACUAUGUUGAACUCUGCUUGUUACUGUCUCUCAUUGUACCAGCCUGUGAGGCAGUCGUGUGACUAUGGUUGGAUUCUCUUCAAGCUUAUGGUGGAGGCUUGACUUUUGAUCUAUGUCCUCCCUACAUCAGCUGCCUGAAAGUACUGAAUGAUCACAUGACCCUGGACAUGGAUGCUGUCCUGUCGGAUUUUGUCCGUUCCACAGGAGCAGAACCAGGAUUGGCCCGAGAUCUUCUGGAAGGAAAGAAUUGGGAUGUGAGUGCUGCCCUCAGUGAUUUCGAGCAGCUACGUCAAGUCCAUGCUGGGAACCUGCCCCCACCCUUUAGUGAAGGGAGUGGUGGCUCCAGGACCCCUGAGAAAGGGUUUUCUGAUCGAGAGUCUGCUCGCCCUCCCCGGCCCACCCUACAGCGGCAGGAUGACAUCAUUCAAGAAAAACGCCUGUCUAGGGGCAUCUCCCACGCCAGCUCCAGCCUUGUUUCCCUGGCCCGGUCCCAUGUCUCCUCCAAUGGUGGGGGUGGGGGGAGCAGUGAGCACCCCCUGGAAAUGCCCAUCUGUGCCUUCCAGCUUCCAGAUCUCACUGUGUACAAUGAAGACUUUCGCAGCUUCAUAGAGAGAGACCUCAUCGAGCAGUCCAUGCUGGUUGCCUUGGAGCAGGCAGGGCGUUUGAACUGGUGGGUGAGUGUGGACCCCACCUGUCAAAGGCUCCUUCCUUUGGCAACUACUGGAGAUGGAAACUGCCUCCUGCAUGCAGCCUCUCUUGGGAUGUGGGGUUUCCAUGAUCGGGACUUGGUGUUGCGGAAAGCUUUGUAUGCACUGAUGGAUAAGGGAGCUGAGAAGGAAGCAUUAAAACGGCGCUGGAGGUGGCAGCAAACUCAGCAGAAUAAAGAGUCAGGGCUGGUAUACACAGAGGACGAGUGGCAGAAGGAAUGGAAUGAACUGAUCAAGCUAGCCUCAAGUGAACCCCGCAUGCAUCUGGGUACCAAUGGAGCCAACUGUGGUGGGGUGGAGAGUUCAGAAGAGCCCGUGUAUGAGAGUCUAGAAGAAUUCCACGUCUUUGUCCUUGCCCAUGUGCUUAGGAGGCCCAUAGUCGUCGUGGCAGACACCAUGCUGAGGGACUCUGGUGGGGAAGCAUUCGCCCCUAUUCCCUUUGGGGGAAUCUACCUGCCCUUGGAGGUUCCAGCCAGCCAGUGUCACCGCUCCCCUCUGGUGCUCGCCUACGAUCAGGCCCACUUUUCUGCACUUGUGUCCAUGGAGCAGAAGGAGAAUGCCAAGGAACACGCUGUGAUCCCACUUACAGAUUCAGAGCAUAAGCUGCUGCCUUUGCACUUUGCUGUGGACCCUGGAAAGGGCUGGGAGUGGGGCAAAGAUGACAAUGACAAUGUCCGAUUGGCGAGUGUAAUCCUAUCCCUAGAGGUCAAAUUGCAUUUGCUGCAUGGCUACAUGAACGUGAAGUGGAUCCCAGUGUCCUCCGAUGCACAGGCUCCACUGGCCCAGCCUGAGUCCCCGACAGCCUCAGCUGGAGAUGAGCCCCGGUCCACUCCUGAGUCUGGGGAAUCAGACAAAGAGUCAGUUGGCAGCAGCUCUGCCAGCAAUGAGGGCAGCAAGAGGAAAGAGAAGUCAAAGCGAGAUCGGGAAAAGGACAAGAAGAGAGCAGAUUCUGUGGCUAACAAACUGGGCAGCUUUGGCAAAACCUUGGGCAGCAAGCUCAAGAAGAACAUGGGAGGCCUGAUGCACAGCAAGGGUUCUAAGCCUGGAGGGAUGGGAACAGGGUCGGGAGUAAGCAGUGGCACUGAGACGCUGGAGAAGAAGAAGAAGAACUCACUGAAGAGUUGGAAGGGUGGCAAGGAGGAGGCAGCUGGGGAUGGGCCUGUAUCUGAGAAGCCCACAUCUGAGUCUGUUGGUAAUGGAGGGAGCAGGUAUAGCCAGGAGGUGAUGCAAAGCCUGAGCAUUAUGAGGAUUGCAAUGCAAGGGGAGGGGAAGUUUAUUUUUGUUGGCACCCUGAAGAUGGGUCACCGCCACCAGUAUCAGGAGGAGAUGAUCCAGCGCUACCUCACUGAUGCUGAGGAGAGAUUCCUGGCAGAGCAGAAGCAGAAGGAGGCAGAGAGGAAGAUCAUGAAUGGUGGGGUGGUAGGGAGUGGGCCGCCUCCAGCCAAAAAGCCAGAGCCGGAUGGCGCGGAGGAGCUGCUGACUGCCCCUCCAGCAGAACCCAAGGCAGCAGCAGCCUCUACCGGCUACCCUGGUGGCUUUACUGUCCCUCGGCCUUCUGGGGGUGGAGUCCACUGCCAGGAACCCCGGAGGCAGUUGGCAGGGGGGCCGUGUGGGGGGGGCCUACUACCAUAUGCCACCUUCCCCAGACAGUGCCCUCCUGGGCGACCCUACCCCCACCAGGACAGCAUCCCUUCUCUGGAGCCAGGCAGUCACUCCAAGGAUGGAGCUCACAGGGGUGCACCGUUAGCACCCCACUUCCGCGUGGCUGAUUCCUAUAGCAACGGCUACAGAGAGCCCCCUGAGCCAGAUGGAUGGGCUGGAGGUCCCCGGGGGCUUCCCCCAACCCAGACCAAAUGCAAACAACCGAACUGCAGCUUCUACGGACACCCUGAGACAAACAACUUCUGCUCCUGCUGUUACAGGGAAGAACUGAGGAGAAGGGAGCGUGAACCGGGCGGGGAGCUGCUGGUGCACAGGUUCUGAACGGGAAGCCUUGGAGGGCACGGGGGCUAAACAAAGAACGUUAAGUCAAUUAAUUGGCUCAUAAGACCCAGCUCCCAUGUUGAUGGGGUGAAUGCAGUAAUGUUGGUGUGAGCCUGGCUAGAAACUCUUAAGUGUAUAUACUCUGAAGAGCUGCCAGGCUGGCAAGAGCAGGUCAGGGCUGCAUGGUGCCUCGAGGGCUAUACUGGUCCUUUGCCGAUCUUGACUUGAUGGUACUGAGGAGGUACAAGGGGAGAAAGAUGAUAAUUGUGUGUCAUAACCCCUUGGGUCCAUCCCAGGCCUAAGGGAAAGUGUAAGGGAAGAUUCGGUGUGGGGGUGGGUAGGUGGGCAGAAGUCUGGGGGAGGAACUGGCAAAGGAGGUUCUCAGUCAAUAAAAGAAAAAACAGACCAAAGUUCUUUUAGGUUGGAAAAAAGCACACGGUGGUGGAGUUGGGAGUGUGGAGGGAAACUGGGAAAUUAGAUUUGCUAUUGACUUGAAUUAAGCUAGAUGUUUAGUGUUGGAUAGAUUUUUCCUUUUGAAGGAUCUGGAAAGACAGGCAGAAAUGUGUGCUUCUGGGUGCUUACUAGGAGGGGGGUGGCUUAAAUCAGUUUAGUGAGAUGGCAAAGGCAAGAACUUAAAGGGGGAAUCUUUUUCCUCUGAAGUUUGAUUUCCUUCUAAACAGCCAUCUGUCAUCCCUUCUAGUUAGAGAGGAGAUUGCCGAUUGCCCCCUAUCUUUUCCUCAUCCUUUUUGAGGGCUGAGCUCAGCUAAGUUAAGAAGGUUGUGAUUUUUUUUAAGACUUUAAUUUUAUUAAAAAAAACAAAACACAAAAAAUGUUCCCUCUGGGGAAGGCAAGAGAAUGAUAAGAGCAGCUGUGUAUGUUGAAUUUUUUCCAGGUGAAUUGGUGCAGAGGUGAUCUUUUUUUAACUACUAGCAAUAACCACACAUUUGAGUGCGCCUUGGGAGGGGGUGGGAGGAGGACAGACUUUUGGCCAGACUGUUUCAAACAAAACCAAAAACCUAAAUAGAGCACUACCAUCCUCUGCUGCUGCAUUUCUGUAGAAAGCAACUUAUUUUUUGGAUUUUUUUUUUAAAGAAAAGAAACAAAAAGACCCUAGCAAGCAAAAAACAUUAAAAAAAAUUAGUUUUUCCCCUCCUAUUUAAGUGAUUCUUUCUCCUUCCUCUCUACUUUUGGAGAAUGAACUUAACAUCCAGGCUUCUUUUGUUAAGCCAUAGCUGACCUUAAUCUGUGGUUAGUUUAUUAAAAUAAUAAAAAAAAUACUUUGUAAGAAGAGAUAUUUUUGAUAAUAGGACUGAUGUUGAAACUUGGGAUAGGGAUUAGGGGCAAUUUAUAAAGAGGUAGUUAGAGAAAUAUAUAUUUUAGUGAACUAUAACCACAGAUCACAGAUUACUCCCAAUGAGCUGAUCUGUCAUUGGAUCUCCCUCCUCUCCCCAAACCAUCCUUUUCCCCAGGGGGUGGGAGUAGGUCUGUGGACACAGUAGUGGGGGGAGCUCCUUUGCAUUUUGCACAAAGCACAAGUCUGGACAGCCUAUGCUCUGGCCAGCACCAUUUCUAAGAGCUUUAAACUGGAGGACCUAUCCUAGGCCACAUUUCCCUUUUCUUUAAAUUAUUUCUUUCUUGGGGUGGGGGGGGAAUCAACUAUGCAAUUGUAUACACUCCUGGGUGCAUAUGAAGAAGGGGAAUAAGUGUACUUAAAUGUGUCUAGAGUGUUAUUUGGGGCUAUUUUUCUGUAUUUGGAUUUCUCUUUUGAGGUGUGUACUCUUAAACCAUCCUGUGGAAUGUAAUCCUCACAUUGAUCCAAGGCAGACAUGGGCUGGGGGUGUACGUUGGGGGGACUUGUGUUUGCCAUAUGUUGCUUCUGCCCAAUCAGGAACGUUGUCAUCCCACCUCCCCUUUGAUAACAGUCAGCCAAGACUGUCCUCUUCAUUGGAACUGCUCACAAUUUAGAAGUUUCCUUUCUCCUCAACAAACUCGAAAAGCCACUUAUUUUCUAAAUCUGAUUGUUGAUUUAAUAAUUUCCAUGGCUAUUAAUUCUUAGGCUUUUAUUUGGAAAUGGAUGUGUUAAGGAAGCAAUGAGGUCAAAGGAGAUAGGUUCCAAAGGAGGGCAUGUUUGUAUUCCCAGGCAGGACUAGGGCUGGUGUGAGAGGAGCAUUCCCUUCAGGGUCAAAACUUAAGGAGAUGCCAGAAGCUCACUAAUCAAGAAAAAUACUGUUUUAAUGCAGCAUUUAAGAAAAUUAAUGCAAAAAAUCCAUCAUGAGCAAAAUGUCAAAAUCUUUAAAACAGACAGGAUCCAUCAGGACUGGGGUAAGAGUGAGGGAAGAAAAGCUGAAUUGAGCAAGGAGGGGUUGAAUCUUGUCUUCAUUUAAAAUUUUUGAUAACUUUAUUCAUUGUGGCUCUUUUUAUAUUAGUUUUGAUUUUCAGAAUAUAUUGUGUGAAAAUAGCAUCUUAGUCACCGGUUUUUGAGGCAUCCUUAAAUUUUGUGCCCAAAGUGAGUGCCUUGCUCACCUCACCCCAUGUCUGGGAUUAGAACAACACUGGUGAGACCACCACCAUAUGAACUUCUGUCCCCUAAUAUGCACCCAAACAACAGGUGACUCAAACUCACACCUAGAAUUUGCACAGCUCACCUAGCUUUCCCGUAGGCAUCCAUCUAUAUCAUAGGAUUUUGGCCUGGACCAAUAGGAAUGGAAACAGACCAGGGAUUUUCCCAGAGAAUAAAACCAGGAAACUUUUAAUUCUCCACUGGACUGCUGUGUUUGGAUUUGAUCUAUUAGUCUAGUUAAUACUUUUGUUUUUAAAAACUGAGGACAAAUGAACAAAAAUGGAAACCUUGUGUCAUGUUUGCUUUUGUUUUGAUUUAUAAAUUGACCAACCCCAAUCCCUUUUGACUUCUUUUCAAAUAAAAUGGAAAUUCUGAGGGGUGCCCAAGGGGGUGAAAAUGGUGGGAAGGGGGGGGUAGGUUAUUUAGGCCCUAUAGCUUUUUCAUUAAGAAUUUUUUGUUUUUAAUUUGGGAAGGUAACUUUAUUGAGGCAUUAAAAAAAGAUGAUAACCUCUCCAUUCUAAAAAUGAGGGACCCUGAGUCAAUGGAUGUUUUUCCUUAGGGAUGAGUAAAGUCUGUUCUGCUUUAUAUUUUGAGACGGCUGUAGGAUGGGAAGGUGGUGAAAAAUUGCCUGGGAAAUGACAGUAUUUGGGGAGGGAGAAGAGGCAACCUCAUGCAAUUACUGUGUUGUGGGGAAGGGAGGAGAGGGGUAUGUGACAUGCACUUCAAAUGAGCCAAAUUCCUUAGUUGAGGGUGUGAUUGGGGUGGGGGGGGGCAGGCCCUUCAAUCCUAAUUGAGGGAUAUCAUCUCUCAGGCUUAAAUAAGUGCACUUAGUUAUUUUAACCCAAGGCACUGGGGUACCUACUGAGGUGGUUAUUGGAGAGGGGAGAUUUUCAGGGCUCUUAUUUUUCCCUUUUUGAUUUCAGACAGUGCUAUGCCUCUACCCACCCUAGGUUCUCCAUCUCAGCCCUGAUGGAGCAAAUAGGUCUAUAGGACACGCCUCCAGAUUCCUCCUUUUAAUUUAUGCUGGUUUGAUUGAGAGUUACAAGAUUUAACCAAACAUUUUCCCCUCACACUGGAUUCUACAGCAAAAUAAAAUGAUGAUAUUAAAAGGGU